CUCCCACACCCCAAAACCCCUCUCCUCUCUUCGGCUUCCCAAAUCAAGAUCUGAAUCCUCCUCCGGCCACCACCACCGUCAGCAAGCAUCAAUGGGGAAAGGCGGAUCUCUGAGCGACUCCGUCCUCAAAAAAAUCCUCCUCUCCUACACCUACGUCGCAAUCUGGAUCUUCCUCUCCUUCACCGUCAUCAUGUACAAUUGGCCCUACCCGAUCUCGCUAACCAUGAUCCACAUGUCCUUCUGCGCCUCCCUCGCCUUCGUCCUCAUCAAGGUCUUCAAGGUCGUCGAGCCCGUCUCCAUGUCGCGGGAGAUGUACAUCUCCUCCGUCGUCCCCAUCGGCGCGCUCUACUCGCUCUCCCUCUGGCUCUCCAAUUCCGCAUACAUCUACCUCUCCGUCUCCUUCAUCCAGAUGCUGAAAGCCCUGAUGCCGGUCGCCGUCUACUCCAUCGGGGUCGCGCUCAAGCGGGAGAGCUUCAAGACCGACACCAUGGCCAACAUGCUCUCGAUCUCGGUGGGCGUCGCGAUUGCCGCGUACGGCGAGGCGAGGUUCGACGUCUGGGGGGUGAUGCUCCAGCUGGGAGCCGUCGCGUUCGAGGCCACGCGGUUGGUAUUGAUUCAGAUCUUGUUGACUUCGAAAGGGAUUACUCUGAAUCCGAUUACUUCUUUGUACUAUGUCGCCCCCUGUUGCCUGGUUUUCCUCUUUAUCCCUUGGAUCUUCGUCGAGUACCCUGUUUUGAGGGAGACGUCGAGUUUCCAUUUCGAUUUCGUGGUGUUUGGGACCAAUUCGUUCUGUGCUUUUGCCCUGAAUCUCGCCGUUUUCCUGCUCGUGGGCAAGACGUCGGCGUUGACCAUGAAUGUGGCUGGGGUUGUCAAGGAUUGGCUGUUGAUUGCCUUCUCGUGGUCGGUCAUCAAGGAUACUGUGACUCCGAUCAAUUUGGUUGGGUACGGGCUUGCAUUUUUGGGCGUUGCGUAUUACAACCAUGCCAAGUUGCAGGCAUUGAAGGCUAAGGAGGCGCAGAAGAAGACCCAACAGGCGGAUGAUGAGGAGCAAGGAAGGUUGUUGGAAGAGAGGGAAAGUGAAGGCAAUGGCAAGAGAAGUGAAUCGCAGAACUAAUAAUCUCACUUGUCUCCUUCUGAUUUUUAGUUUCUGCUAUGAAGUAGAAAAGAAAAAAAAAUUUAGUUGAUUGGGAGGUGGGGGAAGGAAGAAUGAGGCAAUAAGAGCAAAAGGGUGGCUGAGAUUGAGGCCGAGGAGGAUUUUGGUGCUGUAAAGGUUAGGGUUUUGGCUGGGCUCUGAGGUCUGGUCUGACCAUGGCCUUUGAUAGAGGGGGAGAGAAGAGGAAGAAGAAGAAAGGGAGCUGGUGUGGCUGCCUGGCAUUCUGCCAUUUACCUCAGUUCCCAUUUACUCAUUUCGGUAAUGUUCGGUUUCUCUUGUCUAGACUUUUACGUUCUUCUUCUUUUUUCUGUGCUAGUUGUCUCCUUAGUUCUUAUGGAGAGGUUAUUCGAGAUUCCAGCAGCAGAGGAGUAGUCUUGAAUUACCUUUAUUU